CGAUGUUAUGUCGACUCAACGAACUUUAAUUAAGAUUGUACUUUUUUUUGAAAGUUUUAAGUUCAUACUUUAUAUAUACCCAUCAAUUAGAGUAAUUAAAAAAAUAAUUUCACUUAUUAAUAUUUUGUAACUCAUACUCCGUAUUAUUCAUCCAUUAUUUUCACUAUUGCUUUGUGAUUAAAGCAAUAGUGAGUUUUUUUUGGGCAGAGAGUGUAGUUUAUGCUUUCUUUAAAACUUUAUUUGUUAGUUUUAAUAAAAUUUUAAAAAAUGUUAAAAAAAAUAGUACUCCGGACUCCUCAAAUUUUAUUGGCGCAUCCGAUGAACGCAACAACUCUUCUUUAUCUUGGUUUCUCAGAACUUUUCUGUAGCCAAAACCCCAAAACAAACAGGAAAUACACAGGAUGUCCGAUGAAUCCGACGAUGAGUUGAGAAGAAACAGAGGGCCGUCAAUGGCGCCCGAAGUGCAAUACCCGAAAUUCGAUCAAUACGAUGAUUGGGAACCCAAUGUUUUUCCUCCCAACGACGUUUCUGAUGCUUUCUUUGAGUAUCCAGAACUCAGGCGUUCUUUGUCAUCUCAUGACUUGAUGCUGGAAGAUAGCACCCUUAAAUCAAAUGGUGAAGUGAAUCCAUCAAAGCUUGACGACAAGCAGCUAAAAUAUACAGAUUCUCGCAAUCAAAAUCUGAACAAAUACUUCUAUUAUGACAGUCCUCUUUCAGAGGAAACCGGUGUUUGGAUACCUAUCUCUAUCCCACCAAUGCCAAAAGGAGAUCUUGAAGAAUGGCAAAAAGGUUUUUACAUGGAAGGGGACUACCUCGCAGAGGGUGACAGGGGAUGGGAUCAAUGCACUGGACAAGAAAAUAAGGAGAUGACAAUGUGGGAAGUGUUUCGUGACAUGUUAAUUAUGGCUCGAGAGAAAAUGAGUUCUCAUGCAUCCAUUGAUUUUCAUGGAUAUAUAGGUCCUCGGGUUUCAAAACAUAUGCUAAGUGAAGUUUGGGAAGAGAUGGCACAAACUCUUAAAGAUGCCAACUUUGGAAACAUUAAGGUUAUCCUUGAGGCGGAGCCACCAAGAUGGUUGCCUGAUAGUGCUGCAUCAUCGUGCAUGCUUUGCAACCUGCGUUUUCAUCCCAUCAUGCGGCCGAGACAUCAUUGCAGGUUUUGUGGAGGCAUAUUUUGCAAUGGUUGCUCUAAAGGAAGGAUGUUGUUGCCAGCAACAUUCCACACUUCAAACCUGCAAAGAGUUUGUGAUGUUUGCAAUGUACGGCUGGAGCCCAUCCAAACUUUCUUAAUUGACCAAAUUAGCCGUGCGGUGCAGCUUCCAACCCAUGAUUUAACAGAUCUAAGCACUUUGAGAUCGUGGCUUAAUUUCCCUUGGAGUCAAUCCAUGGAAUAUGAAAUAUAUAAGGCUACAAACACCUUGAGGGGAUGUGAUAAGGUUGGAUAUAUGAACCCUGACAAGUCCAUUCCAUCUGCCAUUCUCAAACAAGCAAAAGGACUUGCUAUUCUAACAGUUGCAAAAGUUGGUGCAAUGUUUACCUACAACAUUGGGAUUGGCAUAGUGGUAGCUAAAAGAGACGGCAAAUCAUGUUCAUUCUGAUAUGCCAUUUCUGGUCAACG